CGCCAGGGUCCCCUGAGGGUGUGUCCAUGCCUACGUUGCUCUCAGGAGCCGAGUUUCCCCACAGCCUCAAGAUGACCAUGGACAAGGCGGGGCUCCUGCUGCUCAGCAGCCCAGACAAAGUGACCAUCGGCCUGCUGUCCUGGGACGGCCCUGGGCAGGGGCUUCGGCUGUUCCUGCGGGACACUGACCGCUUCUCCAGCCACGUCGGCGGCCUCCUUGGCCGCUUUUACCAGGGCGUGCUCUGGGGACCCCCAGAUGCCACAGAUGACAGCAAGCGAACACUGAGGACUCGGGAGUUUGAGUUCAAUGCCACCAGGUGA